AAUGGGCCACAAUCAAAAGGAAGACCCAAACCCGCAAUCCGAAUGGUUGAUCGCCAUCGAAGAAGAGCUCACGAAAGCACGACUAGACAACGAAGCGUUUUUUGCCCGAAAACCAUGCAUUUACAAAGUCCCGAGAUAUCUACGUGAAGCCGAUUGGAAAUCUUACACCCCGAGUGUGGUUUCAAUCGGGCCUUACCACCACCAAAACCGCCAUCUUCUCCCCAUGGACCGCCACAAGUGGCGGGCUUUUCACCGGACCCUUGAUCGUCAUAAACACGACUACAAGGUCUAUCUUGAUUCCAUCAAAGAACUUGAAGCAAAAGCACGUGGUUCCUACGAGGGCGAGAUUAAUCUCGACAGCAAUGAGUUCGUGCAGAUGAUGGUUCUUGAUGGUUGCUUCAUCCUCGAGCUAUUUCGAGGAAUAAAAUAUGGGUUUGAAAAGCUCGGCUAUGCAAAAGGGGAUCCGGUGUUCUCGAUUUGUGGCUCGUUGGAUUCGAUUCGAAGAGAUAUGGUGAAGCUCGAGAACCAGAUUCCUAUGUUCAUACUUGAUAAACUCUUCGCCCUACAGAGUGUCGAGGGUCACGAAUUGGGCACGUUGGCGAGCAUGGCAAUCAUGUUCUUCUCACCGUUGAUCCCAACCGAUGAGCCGUUGCCCGAAAGUAGGGAGGUUAGCCAGUUAGGUCCUUACCCACUUCACUGCCUCGAUCUUUUCCGAGAGAAUCUCGUCAGCAAAGCGUUAAUCUUACCUAAAAGAACGAAAAAGUUAUGGAAACGAAAGUCGAGUCGGAAUGUUGUGGGCAAACCUACAACACAGGUAACGUAUUCCGUAUCACAACUUAGAGAAAGCGGCAUACGGUUUAGAAAACGUGAAACCGACCAGUUUUGGGACAUAAAGUACAAGAAUUCCGUUCUCGAGAUACCUCGGAUCCUGAUCCACGACGGUACCAAACCCGUUUUCCGUAACCUCGUGGCAUUCGAAGAGUGUCAUCCUGAAUGCAGCAACGAUAUCACGGCUUACUUGGUUUUCAUGAACAACUUGAUCGACUCGGCCGAAGAUGUCGGGCUCCUACAUUACGAAGGGAUCAUCGAGCACUGGCUCGGGAACGAUGAUGAUGUGGCCGCUCUCUUCAACGGGCUAUGUCAAGAGAUCGUCGCGGAUCUUAACAACAGUUAUCUUUCCGGUUUGACCGAUAAGAUUAAUAAGUGUCGUAAUGAUCGGUGGAGUACUUGGAAAGCAGACUUUCGGCAUAAAUACUUCCGGAGUCCGUGGGCUUUCAUCUCGGUGAUUGCAGCCAUCUUGUUGUUGCUCAUCACGAUCGUUCAAGCGUUUUAUGACGUUUUUUCCUAUUACAAAUCAACUUAGAGUCCAAGUCAUGUAGAUACAAAUAUAACACACCCUUUUAGACCCCUCCUUUUAAGCCGAAAAAAUCCGAUCCAUCCUUUAAUUGGGCCGGGCCGGGCCGGGCCUUAACCGGUCAUUGUCCAGAAAAUCGAGAUCAAAUCUGGAUUGGCCGUCUCAAUUGGUCUUUCUGGCUUUUUUAAACAACCAAUUAUUUUAAUAAGUGUUUCAAGGUUUUGUUUAAUUGUAAAUUAAUUAAUCGUAAGAGACGCAAAUUCGAU